CGUGAGUCUGUUAGUUCAUUAUUAGUUACCAUUCCUGUACUGCAGAUUGAAUUAAAAGUUUGCCUGUUGAAUCAAAACGUACGAACAAAAGGUGUGUUCCUCUUUCGUGAGUUUGGGAUGGGACUGGAGUUUGCGUAAAUCAAGACAAGGGCGUGCUCGCUGAAGUGCUGAAAGCACCGAACAACUCCGCAAAAUGUGAGACAGCAGAGCCCACAGCGACCGGACCAUUCAGAGCACGAAUGCAAGACUUUCCAGGAAAAACAGAGCCGCUUCUUCGCUUCCGAUCAGACUCGAGCUUCAGAGAGUUCGGGGACUUUUCAUUGAGCAGACAAGGAGGAAUGGAUUCUCGGCUGUGGCUCCGCUGUUUGCUGAUCUUCAUCCUGCAUGUCGCCUCCACAAAGAGCUGCCACCCAGGAUGCCGCUGUGAGGUGGAGAGCUUUGGACUCUUCGACAGCUUCAGCCUCACAAAAGUAGACUGCAGUGGAGUGGGACCCCAUAUCACCCCCAUUCCUAUCCCUUUAGACACCUCCUAUUUAGAUCUGUCAUCCAACUACAUGGAGACCCUCACAGACUCCAUGCUAACAGGACCUGGUUACACCACUUUGGUUAGCCUUGACCUGAGCAACAACAAGCUAACCAAGGUCCACAGCAAGACCUUUUCCAAACUGCGCUACCUGGAGUCCCUGGAUUUAAGCAGCAACUGUUUGGAAAUGCUUUCGGAUGGGUGCUUCUCUGGCUUACCACUGACUGAAGUGGACCUCAGCAACAACAGGCUGCAGGAAUUCAGGUUGGAUAUCUUUACAUCCAAAGGUCAUGGGAAGCCGAUCAACCUGGACCUCUCCAACAACGUUCUGACAGCCGUCUCCAAAAACCCCCACAGCAGCUCUCCCAACAUCCAGAGCCUGAGCCUGGCUGGGAACAGACUGACAGCCGUGCCGCUGCUCCAGAGCGUUCCUGUGAGAUCCCUGAAUCUGGACGGGAACCCAAUCCCCCACAUAGAGGAGAAUGCCUUUGUGGGAAUGACUGAGCUGACCUAUCUGUCUCUCAGCAGUCUUCCAGCACUGACUGCAAUCCAGCCCAACAGCUUCAAAGGGCUACAGAAUCUACAGGUCCUUGAUUUAUCAAACUGCCCAAAGCUAAAGGAUCUCAAGCCAGAGGUAUUCAGCGGGCUGCUUUCCUUGCAGGAGCUCAACUUGAUCAAUUCGGGUGUAACCGCCUUGCCAAGUAAAUUGCUGAAUUAUUUACCGAGCAUCAGAAGCAUCACUCUGGGACCAAACAUGCAUUGCUGGAAGAGCAGGAAACAGGGGCAGUUCCACCCGCAUACGGGGCAAGUGAAGAGUGGAGACAGAUUGACAUGCGAUCCUGCAGCCACACUCCUGUGAGCUGGAUUAGACCAGCCACUACGUCAGGAAUACCCUGGGCUGGAGAAGCCUGCAUUGUGCCUUCAAUACCAUUAUCUUUAUGUUCAUCCCAAGAGAACAACAUAUUCCUGCUAAAACUUGAGAAUUACUGUGUUUCAUAAAUUUGUACCUUUCUGUAAUUUAAGAAAUCAUUUUGCACUUUUUUUUUUAAAUAUGCUCCAUAAAACAUGGAGCAUUUCAUGUUACUGGUUUAUAGGAACAGGGGAGGACAGCGAUGCACAAUCACGCAUUCAGAUCAGUCUCAGCCAUGCACAAUCAUGUAUUCAGACCAGUCUCAGCUGUGCACAUCCAUGCAUUCAGAUCAUUCUCAGCCAUGCACAAUCAUGCAUUCAGAUCAGUCUCAGCUGUGCACAGUCAUGCAUUAAGAUCAGUCUCAGUGUGGCUCCAACUGAAAUGCUACAGAUACUGCUUCUCUAAACAGUCUAGAUUCUCUCCUGAUCAGCCAUAUUCAAAGUGUGGAACAAAAUGCGAGUGACCUGAUUGAGCUGCAUGUAACCCUUUUCACUGUGGUCAGUUCUCUGCACUCAAGACUUCGCCAGUAUGUGAGCUAAUCCUCUGAACUCCAUUGGUUUUUUUAAUAUCACUCAAAUCAUUCAACACUACACAUGAGUCAGCCCAGUCUCAUUAAGCACAGAAUAUGUGGUGCUGGAAUCUGUGUGAGGCAGCCCUCCAGUGCAGUUUAAGAUAAAAGAGUCUCUGUAGAAACACAAGUGCCUUCAUGGGUUAGGCACUGACUGCAAUGUGCUGCUUCUUUGGGGGUGUGUGCUUUUAUUACCAGGUAUACAAACAGAAAUACAUGGAUAUUUCUAAAGGGUAUCUAUGUAUGUGUGACACAAGGUGUUUACAAGUAAUGCUUCUGAUGCCUUACCUUCAUUUUUGAUCAUGAGAAUGUGAACACCAUCACUGUGAUCUGAAAUAAAGAAGCAUACAUAUCCAAGUGGGUUGAAGCUGGAGUUACAAAAAUGUACAAAAAUAUCAGAAAUGCACACAAGUAUCAGAGCUAACUUCAGACACUAGCUGUGACACACAAGUGUUCACUCUGGCCACUCACUAAAGCAGGUACAGGAUGUGACCACGUUGCCAUUAGAACAACGCAAACACAUCACACCGCUCCAUUCGUUUGAACAUUAUCGUUUCUCAUAAGAUGAAAGCCAGGAUGUCAUUAAAAUGAAAGCAGAACAACAUUUGGUUUCAACAGAAA